GACGGUAGAUAGUACUAGGUAAAGAUUACAGUAGUUGAUAUUCCAUAUAAUAUAAUUUUCUCUAGGAGAGGCAUUACAGCAUGCGCCCACACUUGCUCAAUUCUAUGCAAAAAGCGAGACAAUCCACACAGUAUGCGCCGCCAUAACGAGUUGUAGUGACAGACCCAGAAGCCUAACUGGAUUGACUAAUCAGCUGGUAAAAAUGACUUAUAACAAAUCUAAUGUGGUCUAGUUUAGUUCCACGUAAUUUCCUGAAUAACUGUUAGCCUGUACACCGCCACACAUUCCCAUAGUUGGCACUUACCAGGAAACUGGCCUUGUUUUCCGUUUAGUUUUCCAGUCCACCAUUCAUUUUCAUUUUGUGACCUCUGUACAAUUUCAAUUACGUCACCAGCAGAGAAACUCAAAUCUCCCUCUGCCUGUGCGGCAAAAUCGUACAAUGCUGUAACCAUUUCCGCGGUUUUAGUGCCAGCCAGGCGACUGGGCUUAGGCUUAGGUGGUGGAGGUUUCGACUUCGCCGCAGCAACAAGUGACAUAUUCGAGGAUCCAGCGGAAUAUGGUGGCGGGGCUGCCGGUUCCGAGCUUGCUGCCGCGGUGAGUGCGGCAGCAGGUUUGCGAGCUGCUGCGUAUCGAGACUGGGAACCUGCUGAUGCUGUCGAGCCUGGGCCAGCUGUAAGUAGGCCUUGCUGUUUACCGCCUUCAAGUGCUGGACGUGUGUAUCGAGGUGGUCGUCGUUGUCCUGUGGUCUUGAAGCGUACGAUCGACAGAGCCUCGACUUGUUCCUGAAUAUCUCCUCGUUUUUCGAUGAAUGCUUCUUCGAUAUCGCGAGUGAGGUCGAAGUAGCCGAUAUCGCAUCUCUGCAUGCGCUCGUGCAAUGUAUAGAAGAUAUUUAACUGCAUGUAGUAGAAGGAUUGGAAAAGAGGUUGAAUAAACUCCUGUUCCAGCUUGAACAACUUCGGUAGUUCGUCCUUCAAUAAGUCGUUGAAAUAUUCAAAAUCUUGUGUUGCUUGCUCGACAUCGCCCUCAGCUUUCCAGAGUGCCUUUUCAUCCUUCGCGGAGCGUUCCUUUUUGUCCUCCAAUUUCUUUAAUGUAGCUCGGUGUCGGUCGUAGUCGAGCUUCUUGUGCUCACGCUUCACAGCAGUUUUUCGAAUUACUUUGAUGAUAUCGAGCAGCUCAUUAGCUGGUCUGAUGACACGCGUUUCGAUCAUUUCUAACUCUGGGCGCAUGGUUUCCUGAAGCUCCUUGACGACUGCUUCAUACUCCUCGCAGGCUUGAAUGCCUUCUGGGCUUCCUUCAAUUUUCAUGGAAUCCGGGUCUGACAUGCGUCCAGAUAUAGGCUUGUAGAUUUCAGUCAUAGCCUGACUGAAGCCGAUCUGAUGUGAAAGCAUGCCGUUGAUGGCCUUGAAAUACUUGGUCGACUCAUCGUGUAACUUCUUGGUUUCCUUCUCCAACUCUUGGAAUCGUCGUUCUGCGUCGAUAUACACGGCAUCUUUGGUGUGUUCUCCUAUGUUGAACUUGGAUUUGAAUUGUUGCGGCGCCUGCGAAACCGAACUGUGUUAGCCAGAUGCUAUGGCGCUUUCGUUUCCGAUAGAGGGAGGGGUUGGCCGCAUCAUUGCGUCACAGGACAAGAGGGGUACCUACGCGCGUCAGACUUUUGGUUAAGCCUUUGAAACUCAUUUUGUUUAUAAAAGAUGAGAAUCGAGUUUGGAUAUGGUGAGCUGCUUUGCAACCUUGGAUCAAUGCCCGAUGGCUGGAAGAUGGUGGAUGCAGCGGACUGGCAACCUAAGAACUUGCGAGAAAUCAAGGCCACGGCUGUUCGCAGCUUUGGCGGAGCUGCCGCUGAUGACGACGUAGUUCGUGGCUGUGCCGGACAUGUGGCGCACCGUUUUCUUAGUGUUACAUAUCACAGCCCUAAUAUUAAAAGGAUAAACGUUAAACGGAAAAUAAAAUUGUUAUUAAAUUAAGUUUUAUUUAAUUUAUUCAACGGGCAUCCUUCUUAACCGUAUAAGAACGGUUUGUCGACUUGUACGCCGCCUCAGGCAUAAAUAUUCCGGUGUGCCUUCAAUAUGCCCCCGGGUGGCCAAUCAAAUGCCCUCGUUUGGCUAUCCAUGGAGCCCACUUAUCGCCGAGCCACCGAGCCGACUUUGCUGACCUAAACAAAUUUCCCAGUGGGAAGCAAUAAUUUCUCGCAGCGGAGUUUCUGCACAGCUUCUCCCUCUGUCCACUCCGUGCAUUUUACCAACUCUGCAUCAACUCCAUCACAACCAUGGCUAGCGUAUCAUCAAGCGCGUUGCGGUCAGCAUGCAGGCUGACUCGAUGUUCUGUUUCCAGGCUGCCGGCGCUCAAGAAAGCUACUUUAGCGCCCGUGUUCAGCUCAACAAGGAAAUACGUGACAGAGACGAAGCCUGACAAUGCUCGUGUUGAGACGGCGGUGAAACUGGAUGCGAAGGCUUUCGCUGAUAUCCCAUCCUCGCCGCUAGAAUCUCUCUCAGAUAUGAAAGUCAGUCCCAUGGCUGAUGUACUUAAGCAAGCUGCCGUUAUGGAGGAAGGCCAACGGCCAAUCUAUCUCGACAUGCAAUCUACCACACCAGUGGAUCCCCGAGUUCUCGAUGCUAUGAUCCCAUACUAUGUUGGCGUGUAUGGCAACCCCCAUUCUCGCACACACGCGUAUGGCUGGGAAAGCGAGAAAGCUGUCGAAGACGCCCGAGAGGAGGUAGCCAAGCUCAUUGGAGCCGACUCAAAGGAAAUUAUAUUUACUAGCGGUGCUACCGAGAGUAACAACAUGUCUAUCAAAGGCGUCGCUCGCUUCUUUGGCCGAUCUGGCAAGAAGAAGCACAUCAUCACAUCUCAAACUGAACAUAAGUGUGUGCUUGAUAGCUGCCGCCAUUUGCAAGAUGAAGGCUUCGACGUCACAUAUUUGCCUGUCGAGAACAAUGGCUUAAUCAGCAUGGACGCAUUACGCGAGGCCAUUCGACCUGAUACUGCCCUUGUCAGCAUCAUGACGGUCAACAACGAAAUCGGUGUCAUUCAACCUAUUGAGGAGAUUGGUAAACUUUGCCGCGAGAACAAGAUUUUUUUCCACACUGAUGCUGCGCAAGCAGUGGGAAAGAUUCCUCUGGAUGUCAACGCAAUGAACAUUGACCUCAUGUCCAUCUCAUCCCACAAAAUCUAUGGCCCUAAAGGUAUCGGAGCCUGCUAUGUACGACGCCGCCCUCGUGUCAGACUCGAUCCUAUCAUCACCGGAGGUGGCCAAGAACGAGGUCUGCGAAGUGGCACCCUCGCCCCUGCUCUCGUCGCUGGCUUUGGCGAAGCUUGCCGCAUCGCUCGCCAAGAAAUGGAUUAUGAUACUAAGCGCAUCAAGAUGCUCUCUGACCGACUUCUCGGUGGUCUUCUUUCCAUGGAACAUACUACACAGAACGGUGACGCCAACGCGUUUUAUCCUGGCUGUGUGAACGUUUCUUUCGCCUAUGUCGAGGGCGAGUCACUGCUGAUGGCCCUGAAGGAUAUUGCUCUUUCCUCAGGUAGCGCUUGUACCUCGGCGUCUCUGGAACCAAGCUACGUUCUGCGGGCACUUGGCAACAGUGACGAAAGUGCCCACAGCAGUAUUCGAUUUGGCAUCGGUCGCUUUACCACCGAAGAAGAAAUCGACUACGUCUUGAAGGCUGUCCAGGAGCGCGUCACUUUCUUGCGCGAGCUUAGCCCCCUGUGGGAGCUUGUCCAAGAGGGUAUCGAUUUGAACACCAUCCAGUGGAGCCAACAUUAAGAAACGAGGGACGCCUCGGUCAAGAUAUGACCAGGUAACAUGUAUUGUAAAAAACCAACUGUAUAAUAUGGAACAUGUCACAAUAUGGAACAACUAGGGGGAAUGCGGAGCGAAUUAUGAUUGUAUACGUUUAUCUGGCGUAUAUGUUUUUUGGUAUUCCAUUGAUGGUAACCAACACCCGUUCUGGGCUGAAUAUAAUAUUUUGAAGACCAUUUUCGCCAAGACUUUUACUUUCACUUGAGAUCUAGAGCCGAGUGCAGGUGUUGAAGCUAGAUACACUGCAAUAUAAUCGUAGAGCAAGUCACCACAG